AUGUCGGCGGCUUCCACCUCUCGCGCCCUUCUCCGGCAGUCCAGAUUCCUCCUGCGCCGAAACAAUUUCAGACAAGCUUCCACCACCUCAGAAGCAGCCUCAAAGGCGCAAGAAAGCUCAAAGCAGGCCGUGUCAAAAGCUUCAGAAGGCUUGAGCCGUGUUUCGAGCUCUGCCGGCUCCGCAAUCUCCAAAGUCGGCUCCUCCGCAUACAGUGCCCUGAGCAGAGUUGGCGGAAGGACGGGAAGAGUUAUUUCCUUUGUCGAAUCGUUAAUACCGCCUACGGUCUACUACUCUCGCGUUGGAUGGGAGCUCGCAAGGAUCGUUUUCAAGGGUCAACAGAUGGCUCCUCCCUCUCUGGCCCAGUUUCAAUCUUAUUUCCAGCCCCUGAUCAAUGUCUUCCGGACUCCGGCAUCCAUCACGUCAAGCGCAAGCUCUGCACUCAAGUCCGUCAACCCGAAUGCCGUCCUGGCCCCUAUCCGCAACGCAGACAGCAACCAGUUGACCACCUUCGCAAUUGUCUUCGCUCAGGUGUUGGGUUUCUUCACCGUCGGUGAAAUGAUAGGGAGAUGGAAGAUUGUCGGAUAUCACGGCGAGCCACAUCAUGAACAUUAA